GCGGGGAUGCGGCUGGGGGCGCCGUGGGGCAGCGGGUGCCUGGUGCGGGCCGCGCACACGGGGCUCAGCUGGGGGAUCACGGUGGGGCUUUUCUUGUACCCGACAGACCUGCGGCGCCAAGAAGAACAGGGUCAGCUGCUUCAGCCCCUCUGCUUCGUCUCGCUGGUCCUCUGCUCCGUCGUGCUCUACUUCAUUGUGUCUCUCAUGGAUCCCGGCUACGUUGAGCAGGAUGCGGAAGAAAAGGAGCCAGAAGUGAUUAAACUUUCCCCCUCCUUGCCUGUCGCUGUUCUGUAGCAGCCAAUGAGAGCCAAGCACUGCCAGGCCUGUCAGCACUGCGUCCGUCGCUACGACCACCACUGCCCCUGGAUCGAGAACUGCGUGGGGGAGAGGAAUCACCCCCUCUUUGUCGUCUACUUGGCUGUCCAGCUGGUGGUUCUGCUGUGGGCCCUUCAGGUGGCCUGGUCCGGCCUGAACUUCGAGCUGUCCUGGUUGUGGCUUCAGCACAACUUCCUCCUCCUCCUCUCCUUCCUUGUGAUCGUUGUCUUCACCGUCGUGGUCUCGCUGCUGCUGGUUUCGCACCUGUACCUGGUCUCAUGCAACACCACCACGUGGGAAUUCAUGUCCCGUCACCGCAUUUCCUACCUGAAACAGUGCAAAGAGGAGAACCCGUUUGACCAGGGCAUCUUCCGCAAUCUCUGGAAGUUCUUCUGUGCUUGCCGCCUGGUCGCCUGGGAGAAUCUGUAUUUCCAUGGGGAGGGGGACACCAGCGUGUGAGGCCGGAGCGGAUGCCAAGGGAGCCCAAGCCGCUAAGUCUUUGGGUCGAGCGCUCCACAAGCUUUCGCCAGAGUCGGGAGCCAGGCCUCAUCGCACAGAGAGGCUAAAAGAGCUGGGAGCUGUUCUCAGCACAGCCCGAGGGGAUGUUAGUUGUGAACAAAAAACUCCUUUGUUGUUGACACAAAGUGCUUUUAUGUAUUGGGGGGGGGGAGCGCCGGCCAGCUGCUGCUGCUGCUCCUAGAAAACCACAAGACGAAAAACAGCUCCUUGUGGUUUCUGAAUCUGCGGGUGUUCUCGCCAAAGGGACCAGUUUUCUUGUGCAAGAACGGAUCUGUUUCAUUUUUUAAAACAGCAAAGUUGAAGUGUCAGGCUAUAACUGAAGAUGUAUAACCCAGCGGUCAAAAAACCCUGUUGCCUUUGACUCUUAACCUGACUGGAAACCCAGGAUUUGUAGUCGGCGUGUGUGUGGUGGUUUUGUGGGGUCCCCCAGCGUGGUGCUUGGAGGAACCAUGGUGACGACAGAUGCCUUUCCUAGAGCCUGCCCACCAAUGCUCCCUCUAAGCUGUGGAGUCCUGUGAGCAGAAAUUCUCCUUUGUGAGCU